AUGCCUCCACGCGCACUUGGGCCUCCAAGAGAGCCCCUCACCUGCCGGACGCGAUCCCGCACCCACACCCCCGCCCGCCGCCUCCAAGAUCCCAGCCCUCCCUCCCGGGUCUGGACCUCAGAGGCCGCUCGCGCCACCGCCCCGCAGCGCAGCGGAGCCAACGGGGCGCCCCCUCUCCGCGCCGGCCCCGACCCGCCCGAGCAGCGGCGCCCCCGCGCGUCCACCGAGCCUGGGGCGCAGCAGCGGGAGCGGCGCGGCACCUACUGUGCUUCGGCGGGGCGGCUCCCGCGUCCAUUGUCUCCGCGGCGGCUGCGGCGGCGGGGGCGGCGGGGGCGCCGUCAGCAGCCGGCCUCUGGCUCGCGCUGGGGCCGGGGCCGGGGCUCGGGCGGCAUCAGGCCGGGCGGCCCGCAGCGGGCUGUGCGCGCCGACACUGCGCCCCGUGGAGGCGCCGCGCGAGGAGAGCGCUGUCACUCGUGCCGCCCGCACCACACCCCCUGCCCGCCCCGUGCGCGGUGGGGGCCGGGGGCGCGGGCUCCGCGGCGGGCGCAGAGCGGGGAGCGGGGCGCAGAGGCGAGGAGCGCCGAGCGCAGAGCGGGGCUCGCGGCGCAGAGCCGGGGGUAG